AUGUCAGGAACAUUUUCGUCUGUUGUAAAUUUUACUGUACAAGAAUUUCUUAAUCGUGCACAGAAACUUUCUCUUUUAAAUAAAAUCAAAACUGAAAGUGAGUUUUUGUCAAUGGAUGGUACUCUUGUUUUUCCAAAACAUUAUAAACAAGGAAAAAAAAUUAAAAAAACAUAUAAUAUAAUUUCAAAUCAUAAUACACUCAAUGUAGAUAUAAUUACAAAUACAAUUUUACAAGCAUUUAAUGAUGCUGCUAACUUAAUACACGGUUUUAAAAUUAAAAAUUUUCUUGAUGAAAAGAAAAUUACAAAUAUGAAACAACUUAACAGCUAUAUUCACAACAUCCUAACACAAAGAAUAAAUAUUAUGGAUUAUUCUGACUUGUACGAAGAAAAAGAUGAAACAUCAGAUUCAGAAGAUGAAUUAGAUAUUGUUCUCGAUUCAGAAAGUGACGUUCAAAGUGAAGAUCAACAAUAUGAAACAUCAUGUAUCUCGUCAAAUUAA